GAAAUCGACCACAACUUUAGCAGAGCGCACCGCAUUGUUACCGGCAGCAUCUUGCCUCUUGUAGAACAGUAUGGCGAACACUCUCGGAAUGUGUGGGAGGCGACCAAGUUCUGGAAACAAUUCUUCGAGGCCUCUGCCAACGUCUCGCUGUCUGGAUAUGAAGAGCUGGCCAACAACGGGCCCGAGGAGAGCACCGAGAUCGAACAGACAGUAGACGAAAGUACUGCCCAGUACAGCACUCCCCAUAACCAGCAACAACACCACAACGAAGGCGUCAGCCAUCUCGAGGCGAAUCAAUCCUCGGUAGUCUACCCCAGCGGCAGCCGACAACAACAACAACAACAGCAGCAGCAGCAGCACCAGCAGCACCAGCACCAGCAGCAGCACCAGCAAGACGAAUCAAUGUUUGACAACAGCGACGAAGACGUCUCGGGCAGCACCCCCCGCCCUACCAUAGGGAAAACCAUACCCUCCCGCUCCCAAAUGGCGACGCUCUCCUCCCCCUACGAGAACCUCAGGCGGGACUAUUCGCAAAAACCCAACACGCCAGGCUACGAGCCCACCCCAAAGCAAGAAGAAGAAGACAACACCUCCCUCCUCAUCCAAGAAUUCACCACCCGCCUCCCAGACAUGUCCAUGCACCCCCGUCACUCCCCUCCCGAGCAAUCCCACACGGCAACACAAUUCCUCGAUUCCGACGACGAUUUGGCGUUCUUGAAACCAGGCAACAAGAAAAAUACCGACCCGGUCCUCCACCAUUUGAAGGACAAAAACUUCCGCGUCAUGGCCACCCCUCACAAAGGCCACACGGGAGUUACGCCCCUCAAAUGGAAAAUAACCUCUAACCAACCCCUCUUCACCACCCCCGGCAAAGGCAAGUCCGGUGUUGAUCCAACAAUCACCUCCCGCCCCAUCUGGGCCGAUUCCCCGGGCGACAGCCCAGAGAUUGCGCUGCCACAACUGCGCUCAGCGGCGUUUAUGUCGCCUACCAAGGCGGCGUAUCGGUCUGCGGCGCUUAAACAGAGUGUUAAUGCCCCUAGGACGCCAGGGGUGAGCGUGCAGACACCGGCGGCAAAGGGGGGGAAGACGAGGGAUGUGUACAAUGAGGAUAAGUAUGCGAACGCGACGGGGGAUGAGCUAGGGUGGAGCGAGGAUGAUGAUGAGGAUGAACGGGAGCUGAGCGAGAUGGGGAUGAGCCCGCCGAAGACGAUUCAGUUUGCGCUGCCGCCUGGGAGGUUGAUGCAGACGCCUGCGAGGGAGGCGAGCAGGAGGAUUGUGGAGGGGUUGCUGAUGAGGGCUGGGGAGGGGGAUAUGACGUUGGAUUUUACGGGGGUUGUGCCUGGUUUUGGGGGAGAGCAACAAGAACAACAAGGGGGGAAUGGGGGGCAGAGGGGGAUGGAGUAUAGUCCUACGUUGGUGAAGAUGAGUUUGGAGAUGCAGGAUGAUACUUUUUAG